AUGAACUUUGGGUUGCCUGCGAUAUUUUCCGACACUAAUAAUCGAAAUGUCGAACCGUUCCCUUAUGAUUCCCAAAUCCUCUUAUUCCCUAACGAUAUUCCAGCAAAACUACACGAAUAUGAACUUACGACAUUAUCUAUAACCAAUGGCCGUGCUGACAAAUAUCUGAUUAACUAUAAAGAUAAGAUAUUGCUUAAGUUAUUGACUAUUAGAUACAAAGACAAACCUACCAGUGUAUUUGUCGAUAAUUAUGUAAUACAAAUUAAAUACCUAAUUGUGGCCUGUAAGUUUGAUUUUAUAAAUAUCAUUCUCAAAAUUAUCUUUACUGUUGGAGGUGAUCCAUUCUCAUUUGUAUCAUCUAAGAUAAAAUCAUAUUACAUGGAACAGAAAGACCCACAAAGCUCAAAGAUUGAACCUAAGGUUAUGAGACUUUGGGAAUCAAAUUUUUCCAAAGUUCAAUCGCGCAUAAAAUUCUAUACCAGUGAAUAUAUUUUGAACGAUCGCAUCCUGUUGAAACCUAAUAACACAGCUUUUUACAAUUGUUUGGAAGCACUAAAAAAUCGCAUAACACAUCACUUGAAACAUAAUAAAUUUCAUUUCUCAAAUUACUCAACCAUAAAGGAUUCAAUGCAUUUAUCUUCUAAUAAUUCUACAUUAUUAGAUCCUCACAGCACCAUCACUAGUGCUGAGAAUAAAAAAUUGGUAAAUCAAUGCACCAGGGCCAUUGAGGUCAUACAUAACAAAAUUGUAUCAAUAGACAUUUACAAGCUUGAACUAUUCAGCUGGACUAUAGCCAUUUCACUGCUGAAUAGAUUGAAUUUAGAUAAAGCACUUCCUGAAGAUCUGCUAAGGAAGAUACAAGAUUUUACCACGGAAAAAUGCAGGCCUCAUCCUCCCUCAUCUAACAAUACCAAUAAUAGCACAAAAAGGCAAACUAUUAACAUCAAGAAUGGUAGCUGCAAGAAAGUCAAAAAUGUAAUCAAAGACCAAACUAGUAUUACAAAUUAUUUUAAAGUACUAAACUAA